AUGUCUGGACCUACUGUUAUUGGACUUGCUUUCGGUAACACCACCUCGUCUAUUGCUAUUGAGAAAGAUGGUAAGGUUGAGCUGAUUGCCAACCAAGAUGGUGACCGUGCUAUUGCUUCGGUUAUUUCAUAUGUCGGAUCUGACGAAUACCACGGAGCUCAGGCCAAGGCACAACUGAUUAGAAAUGCCAAGAACACAGUUGCUUACUUUAGAGACUUUCUGGGAGUUUCUUUUGACAAUGUCGACCCUACCAACUCACAUGCUUCUGCUCACCCAGUGGAAUUAAACGGCCAAGCUAGCUUCUCGCUGAAGACCGAGGACGAUGAUGAAGAGACUGGUGAAGUCAAGCCUGCUAAAUUAUUGUCUGUUCACGAAAUUGCUGUUAGACAUUUGGACCGUCUUAGAGAAUCUGCUGCUGAUUAUAUUGGAAAAGCCAUUGAUGGUGCUGUUAUUGCUGUCCCUACUGACUACAGUGAGGAGCGUCGUCAAGCCAUUGUUGCUGCUGCCAAGGACGCCAACUUGAAGAUUCUUCAAGUCAUUAAUGAGCCCACUGCUGCUUUAUUAGCCCAUGUUUCUGCCAACGGAGACUCUACCGACAAGAAAUACGCUGUUAUUGAUAUUGGUGGAACCCGUUCCGACGGUGCUAUUAUCGCCUCGAGAGGUGGUAUCUUCACCAUUCUCACUACUCUUCACAACUACGAGUUAGGUGGUAAGAACCUUGACGAGGCUCUUGUCGACUUUUUCGCCAAAGAUUUCGAGAAGCAACACAAGGUCGAUCCCAAGACUGAAGCCCGUGCUGUUGCCAAGCUGCUUGCUGAGAGUGAAAGUACUAAGAAGACCCUCAGUAAUACUUCAUCAGCCAAUUUCGCUGUUGAGUCUGUUGCUCAAGGUUAUGAUUACAGUCUUUCUAUCAACCGUCUUAGAUUCGAGGUCGCUGCUCGAUCUGUUUUCACCAAGAUCACUCAAUUUGUUGAGGAGCUCAUCAAGAAGGCCAAUUUGGACGUUCUUGACAUCGACGAGGUCCUUCUUGUUGGUGGUACUUCUGCCGUUCCCAAGGUCGCUACUUCGAUUGCUUCUCUUUUCGAUGAGUCUGUUACCAAGAUCUCUGCUCCUGCUUUCGACACUAAAGCCAUUCAGCCUGACGAGCUUAUUUCGCGAGGUGCUGCCAUCCAAGCUUCUCUUGUUGCCGGUUACGACGAUGAGGAAAUCAACGAGUCUUUACAAGCUGUUGUCACUGUCGCCCCACACACCACCAAAUCCAUUGGUGUCAAGGUCGGUGAUAACGAGUAUGUCGAGGUUAUUGCCUCUGAAACCGCUCUCCCCAUCAGAAAGACCGUUACUCUGUCGACCCCUGCUGACGCCACUGCUGUCCUUGUCGGUGUUUAUGAGGGAGCUUCCGAGAUUGUCGUGACCAAGGUCGAGAAAGAAGAGAAGAAAGACGACGCCGAAGAUGACGAGUCCGACUGGAGUGAAGACGAGGAGGACGAGGAGAUCCGCACAAAGGUACUAAAACCCGCCGCCAAAAUCGCCGAGCUCGGACUCCAAAACAUCCCUGCCGGCAGCAAGGUCGAGGUCGUCCUCAACAUCACCCGUGAGCUCAAGCUCCAAAUCGCUGCCCGUGCCGGCUCUGUUGCUGUCCGUGGCGAGACUGCUGUCGCUCACGUGGCUUAA